CCCCACCUCCUCUCUCUCUCUCUCUCUCUGUGGGCAAAGGUGGCCAAGCGAAAUUCCUUCCCUCGGCUUCCUCUGAGUCAGCUUAGAGCAUCCAGUUCUUCACCAUGUCCAAUCUGCAAGUGCCUGUGCGUCCAAAGAGGAAAAAGAUUUGGGGGGACUACUUGGUCCAAUUCCGAUGGAUCAUCGUCUUUGUACUCCUCCCCAUCUCUUGUAUCAUCUACUUCUCCAUAUACCUCAGUGAGCUCAGAGCUGAGAAGAAACCCAACAAGCUUCGCCAGAAGGAACAUGAAAAGAACGUCAGGAAGGUCGUCAAGCGCCUCAAGCAGAGGAAUCCAUCGAAGGAUGGACUGGUGUGCACAGCUCGAAAGCCAUACAUCGUCGUCGGCAUGCGCCAUGUCGACUACAAGCGAGCUCGUCACUUCGAGGUCGACCUCUCGGCAUUCAACAACAUUCUAGAGAUCGACAGAGAGAGAAUGGUUGUAAAGGUGGAACCUCUCGUUACAAUGGGCCAACUUAGCCGAAUCACAGUCCCCAUGAAUCUUGCUCUUCCUGUUGUUUCGGAGCUCAACGACCUCACAAUAGGAGGUCUCAUCAAUGGCUACGGCAUUGAAGGAAGCUCCCACAUCUACGGCCUCUUCUCCGACACUCUCGUCUCUCUCGAGGUCGUGCUCGCCGACGGGCGUGUCGUUAGGGCUACCAAGGACAACGAGUACUCAGACCUCUUCUAUGCAAUCCCCUGGUCACAAGGAGCACUUGGGCUUCUAGUUUCAGCCGAGAUUAAGCUCAUACCAAUCAAGGAGUACAUGAGGUUGACAUAUAAGCCAGUGAGAGGAAACUUGAGGGAAAUGGCACAGGCCUUUGCAGAUUCAUUUGCACCAAGAGAUGGAGACCCGAAGAAAAUUCCGGAUUUUGUCGAGUCGCUGAUCUUCACACCAACGGAGGGUGUAUUCAUGACAGGGAGGUAUGCUUCAAAGGAAGAAGCAGAGAAAAAUGGUAAUGUUAUUAAUAGUAUAGGAUGGUGGUUCAAGCCAUGGUUCUACCAGCAUGCAGAGACAGCACUGAAGAAGGGUGAGUUUGUGGAGUACCUUCCGACGAGGGAGUACUACCACCGACACACGAGAUCUUUGUUCUGGGAGAUGAAGCUGAUCCUGCCGUUCGGGGAUCAAUGGUGGUUCAGGUGGCUAAUGGGGUGGAUGAUGCCUCCUAAGAUCUCCUUGCUCAAGAUCACCCAGGGGGAGGUCAUUAGGAAGUAUUACCAUGACAUGCAUGUGAUCCAGGAUAUGCUGCUUCCCAUGCACAAGGUUGCUGAUGCUCUGGAGUUCCUUCACCGCGAAAUGGAGGUGUAUCCUAUCUGGCUCUGCCCACACCGCCUCUUCAAGCUCCCUGUCAAGACCAUGGUGUACCCCGAACCAGGCUUCGAGCUGAACCUGAAGCAAGGUGACACCAGCUACGCCCAGAUGUUCGCUGAUGUCGGCGUCUACUAUGCUCCCGGCCCUGUCCUCAGGGGUGAGGAAUUCGAUGGCGCCGAAGCUGUACACCGCCUUGAGGAGUGGUUGAUCCAAAACCAUGGCUUCCAGCCUCAGUAUUCAGUCUCUGAGCUCACUGAACGGAACUUCUGGAGGAUGUUUGACAGAAGCCUCUAUGAGCAGUGCCGCAAGAAGUACAAGGCAGUGGGCACCUUCAUGGACGUGUACUACAAGUCCAAGAAGGGGAAGAAGACUGAGAGGGAGGUGUUGGAGGCUGAGGCAGCGAUCACUGAGACUGCGUACGCUGUUGCUGAGCAGGACUAAGCGGCCGACUAGUCGUUGGCUGGAUAGAAGUUUAGGUUUGGUUACAGUUGAUGCAAUGAGGUUCGGAAGUAAUAAUUGGUAGAGUAAGUAGUUCAUAUUAAAGUAUUUUUAUUUAAGUGGUAUACUAGUAUUUUAAUGGAACGGAGCGAAGCGAUGGGAUAUAUUUAUCUUUGAAAUAAUUAUGUAAAGUUAUAUUCUAGCAGGAAUGUUGAUAGGGAUUGGAACUUUGGGACUAAAGUUUAACUAUAAAUAUCUUGUAAUUUUUGUUAUUUGGAAGGUAGUAAAAGUUAUAAUCAUUUCGCUUUU